UGGGAAAGGGGUGCGAGGACUGGAGAGGAUAAAACGAACAGCAAUGGUGUAGUUUAGGAGUUUUGUUUCAAUCGCAAAACGUCGCUUUUCAAAUCCUCUGCAGGUUCUAUUGGUUGACAAAAAAAAAAAAAAAGUUACCAAGCAAAGGUGGGAUUGAACCAGCAGCUGGCCUGAACCUGUUAACUGGCAACCAGUAGCAGGGGCACCAAUCCACCCUCCUGAUUGGCUGUGGAGAGGGGGAAACUAACAAUCAACUGAUUUGAUUUGUUCCCCCCUUUAUAUUAGUAUUUUUUUUAGGAGGGGGAGGAGCAGGAGGACUUGGGCUCACUUCCCAGACGGGCAUGGGGCAGAGUGUCCCUGGAGGCAUAAAGACUAUUGACAUGAGGGACCCGGCGUUCAGGCCUCUGAAGCUGGAGUUGGCAGCUUUGGACCACGCCAAACCCUCCAGGCUGGAUCUGCUGCUGGACAUGCCCCCUGCUGGACAGGAUGUCCAAAUGCAGCACUCGUGGAACAACAAUGACCGAUCCCUAAACAUCUUCGUCAAGGACGACAACAAACUGGUCUUCCAUCGGCACCCCGUGGCUCAGAGCACAGAUGCCAUCCGGGCCUGUAUCGGCUACACCCGGGGGCUCCACGUCUGGGAGAUCAGCUGGGCCAUGAGACAGCGGGGAACGCACGCCAUCGUCGGCGUGGCGACAGGAGACGCGCCGUUACAUUCUGUAGGCUACAUGACCCUGGUGGGUAAUAACCACGAGUCCUGGGGCUGGGACCUGGGACGAAAUAAACUGUACCACGAUGGGAAGAACCAGCCCAGUAAGGCAUACCCUUCGUUCCUGGAGCCGGAUGAGACGUUUCUAGUCCCCGAUUCAUUCCUGGUAGUGUUGGACAUGGACGAGGGCACUCUGAGUUAUAUAGUGGACGGACAGUACCUUGGGGUGGCUUUCAGAGGACUCAAAGGGAGGAAGCUGUACCCUGUCGUCAGUGCUGUGUGGGGGCACUGUGAAAUACGAAUCCGGUACAUCAAUGGACUCGAUCCUGAGCCUCUCCCUCUGCUGGAGCUGUGUCGGCGCUCUGUGAGGGUAGCUCUGGGCAGAGAACGACUGAGUGAGAUCCAUGGUCUGCCUCUACCGGCCUCUCUCAAGAAUUACCUGCUCUACCAAUGACCCCGGGACCCGAAGCACAACAUAGAACACGCCUCCGAUCCGUCGGCUGCCGCUGCCGGCCUCAAUCAAGAGCUACCAAGGGGCUGCCCUGUGCCCUCUCACAAUCUACACUGAGCGUCACUGUCAGCCUCUGUCCAUAGGGCUGUCCCUAAUCAACUACUACCAAUUACAACUCAAGGGACUGUCCUGUCCCCUCACUAGGGACUGCCAUGUCCCUUUACAACCCUCAUCUUGUACACUGAGCACAGGCUCAGAACCACAGCCCCCCCCUUACCGGCCUCGAUCAAGAACUACCAAUGACCACGGGACUGUCUUGGACUCUCUCUCAUCUCUCUCUCCCCUGACUGCCCCGUCUCUACCCUCCAAUACAUACACAGAGCAGGCCUCACCCUGACUGCCCUGUCUGUACCCUCCAAUACAUACACAGAGCAGGCCUCACCCUGACUGCCCCGUCUCUACCCUCCAAUACAUACACAGAGCACGCUUCACCCUCGCUCAGCGUCUUUGGGAUUGUUCCCACUGAGGGUAAACUAACCAGUUCAACAACCCAACAUAACUCCAGCGUCUGUUUCAGCUUCAUGACUAAUCCUCCCAACCCAGCCCUCAGGGCUCAUUUGUACUAAUCACAUGACACCACAGAGGUGAGAAACCCGUUGUGUGAUGCUUGACGUGUUCAGGAAGCUAUAGAGACAGUGGUUGGUGUUGGGUCAGGUCUUUUUUAGUUUUAAAUAAUCGGCGCAUACAAUGAACACUCGCCAAAUGCGGCAAGAUUGAGUUAUUGUCGGGUGGUCAAUUUGCAGGGCUCUACAGUGGCCGUGUUAAAUUCACCAAUUAAAAAAUAGUCAAGUAUGCACAUGUUAGAAGAAUCCUGCAAUAGCUGUUUUCAAAGUAUUUCUGUUUUGUUUCGUAGCUGCUAAUUGUGCUAAUAAAUACUAAUCCUAUAUC